AUGGCUGCUCUCAACGAAGCCCAGCCGGGAGACAGCAGCCUGUCACGUGAAUGGCUGCUGCAAUUUAUACGAGCUCAGCAACAUACAACAGCACACAUCGAUCCCAGGGAAGAACUGGCUCCGCUAGCAAUCGUGGACCCAGCCCUUACUGCCAUACUGGAAAAGGGACCGGCAGUCCGGCCGCCAAUGCCAUCCGACCCAUACUACGGCCGGAAGGAUCACACUGCCAUCCGGGAGCACAGGGCAACUAUCUUGAAAGAAAAAUGGGCGCUCCGCUACCUUCCUGGGCCAAUUGAUGAAGUUACUGAGCAGGAUCGGAAGAUUCCUGUCCGCGACGGGUCUGAGAUCACAAUCAGAAUCUACAAGCCUGUGACGGAGAAGAAGGGCGGGAGUCCGUUGAUUGUCAUGUAUCAUGAAGGUGGAUGGGCUAUGGGGGACUUGAGUGAUGAGGAGGUGAACUGCCGACUGUUCUCUCGGGACCUAGGAGCUGUGUGCGUCAAUGUGGAAUAUAGGCUCGCGCCGGAGCACCCUUUCCCAACCUGGAUCAACGACUCUUGGGAUGCACUUCAAUGGUGCGCUAAGCACGCCUCAGAGCUCGGUGCCGACCCUUCGCAAGGAUUUGUAAUUGGGGGAGGGUCAGCUGGGGGGAACAUAGCGGCGGUGCUUGCACAUAUCGCACGCGAUGAAAAGCUAUCGCCUCCUCUAACGGGCCAGUAUCUCGGUGUGCCCGCCAUCAUGUGUUUCCUGCCGCCUUCGCAUAUUCCCGCUCAGUAUCGACCUGAGUAUCUCUCGCAUCCUUUUGUUACCCCGUGUCAAGAUCCUAUCCUUAGAAUGUUUUCUUUCGGGCCUCUCGUCACCCCGAUCACCAGGAUCAUACUCGGCCUCCUACCCCUAAAACUCCUGGCAAGUAUUUUCAGCAUGGCGGGUAUGAGCGGCGAUAUGUCCAGUCCAUUGUUUGUGCCUUUCCAUUACGGGAAAUUAGAACGCGGACACAAGGAUCUUCCGCCAGUUUACCUCCAAGUAUGCGGGCUUGAUCCCCUGCGUGACGAGGGAUUGAUAUAUGAACGAGUUCUAAGGGAGGAAGGUGGCGUGAAGACGAAGGUUGAUAUAUAUAAGGGCCUAGGUCAUUACUUUUGGACGAACUUCCCCGAUCUCGAAAUGAGUAAGACGUUCGUCGAGGAUACUGUUAAGGCUGUCAAACUAAUGCGAACGUUCAAAAGGACACUGACAGCAGCUACAUUUGUCCAGUCAGUCCUGGUACAUGGAGGAUUUGUCUCGGGUCACCAUUUUAUCUUCUUCAUGCCAAAGAUAUUUAGAAUCUUGCCACAGCUAUGGCGGCUUACGACACCGUUCCUGCUGACUGGAGGAGGCCUCGGUUUUUUUCUUGACCUCUACUUCCUGUAUUCAUACGCCAGCGACAUAGAGGUCAACUCGCCUCGUUUCUCUGGGCCGGGUGAUUUUGUCACCUAUGUCAUUUUCGUAGCCAUUGUCAUUCUGCUUACCGCAGGCUUCUACCUUCAAGCUUAUGUAUUCCUCGGAGCUCUAUCUCUCGCCUUCUUGACGACCCUCUCACAAGACAAUGCGGGCAAGAAAAUGUCAUUUAUCUUUUUCAAAAUCCCGGCGGAAUACAUGCCCUUCGCCAGUCUCCUUGCUACACUUGUUCUUUCUGGACAAUACGCUGCUAUCACCCAAGCAUGUGGUAUUAUAGCAGCCCAUCUUUAUGAGUUCCUAACCCGCAUCUAUCCAAACUUUGGAGGAGGUGUCAACUAUAUCCGCACACCGCUCUUCAUCCAAAAGUUGUUUAGAUCAUCUGGGUUUGUCAAGGCUCAUGGUGGUUACCGCAUGUAUCGCCCGCCGGCGGAUCAGACCCCAAGCACUGGCGAAUCCAGUGGAAGCUGGUUUUCUGGCUCGGGAGGGUCAUGGGGUGGUAGAGGCGCCGGCAGAAGGCUGGGCAGCGGUUGA